AUGAUCCUGAUUGCAAUCGUUUUCCUAACUAUCCUUCUUACAAAUGCUGAGAAUUGGCCAUGGGCAGCUGCAGGCGAUGAACUGACCUUCCAAUUUAAAUCUGUCAAUGGUCUCUAUGUCGGAGCAGGUGUUUACCUAUCGGGUGUAUCAAUCGGCAAAGUAACUGCCAUUGAACUCCGACCUGAUACGAAUGAUGUCCAUAUUAAGGCGAAAGUCAGAAAUGGGUUUAAGUGGUUACGGGAAGACUGUGGUGCAAGGAUUUCUAUGAAUGGGUUCGUCGGAGAGGUUUACAUCGCACUUGACAAUGGGUCCAUCGGGAAUCCGCCGCUAAAACCCGUGAAUCUGCCGAUUAUCGGAAAAGAUCCUGUUAAUGCACUCGAACUGCUUGAACAGACAAGUGCAGGUAUGACACAAGCUAUUGAACUCACGACUGCUGCCAAUGAAGUCCUUCAGGCAAACCAAGAAUCAAUUCAACUCGCGAUCAAAGAAAUUCGAGCAGUGGUCGCGAUCACUGGCAAAAACUAUGAGAAAUUGAGUGUUGACUCUGAAGAAACGUCAAGACUUUAA